AUGCUGCUUCCUCCCCCGGUCGGCACAGCGCUGCCUCUCGUCAAGACCCUCGCCGACACCGUGGACUUCAGCAAGACCGUCCUUCCCUUCGUCGACCAACUCUAUGCUCUGCCUCAGCAAAUCCUACAAGCAGGCGCCGACACGCAGGCCCUCAAGCAUCUGUAUUUGUCCACCAAUCCUCUGAUAUCCGGUCUUGCCUUUGCGCUGGCAAUCACUCCCAUCUUCCUUGUCGUCUCCGAAAUCAACAGGAACUACUCGCAGGUCGACCGCUGCUGGAGCUUGUUACCUACCGUCUACAACAUUCAUUACGAUGUCUGGGCUCGCCUGAAUGGCCUGCCUACUCAGAGACUCGACAAUGUCAUGGCCUUCAGCGUCUGCUGGUCCAUUCGUCUGACCUUCAACUACUGGCGUCGCGGUGGUUACAGCAUUGGCUCUGAAGACUACCGUUGGGAAACUGUGCGCAGCUGGGUCAAUCGCCCGCUCUUCUUUGUUUUCAACAUCCUAUUCAUCUGCAUCGCCCAGAGUGUUUUGCUCUUCAUGAUCACCACUCCCACCUACGUCCUCAUGCUUGCAUCGCGCCUUUCUGGCCAGAACAUGAACACCACCGACAUCCUUUUCGCCCGCGCUCUCCUGGUCCUCGUCAUCUUCGAAUACUUCGCAGAUGGCUCGCAAUGGAAUUUCCACAAGGCCAAGCACGCUUACCAGAAGACAGCCAAGGUCCCCGCUGGUUGGACACGCGAGGACCUUGAGCCAGGCUUCAACACCACUGGCCUCUUCCGCUACUCGAGACAUCCCAACUUCCUCGGAGAGCAGCUCGUUUGGGUCACCCUGUACCAAUGGUCAUGUGUUGAGACCAAUUCUUUGUACAACUGGACCGGUGUUGGCGCCAUGUCAUACUUGAUCCUCUUCCAAUCUAGCACUUGGCUCACCGAGAAGCUGAGUGCCGAGAAGUACCCAGAAUACAAGAUCUACCAGCAGAGAGUUGGCAAGUUCCUGCCUAAGCUCACUGGUCCCGGUUGGGACGAUUACAUCAACGCCCAGAAGAAGGCUCCCAAGAAGAAGUAG